AUGUCGGUGUCCGGGAUGAAGAAGCAGCUACACAAAGCGAGCCAGCUGCUGAACGAGCGGCUGAUGGGAGCUGAAGGGACGAAGCUGGAUGAAGAUUUCCUGAAGAUGGAAAAGAGCGUCACAGCGAUUCACAUCCUGCUGGCCGAGCUGCUGUCCAAAACCACCGAGUUCCUGCAGCCAAACCCAGCGUAUCGAGCCAAACUGAGCAUGCUCAACACCAUGUCCAGGAUCCGAGGGCAGGGCAGGGCGACGGGUUACCCGCAGACAGAGGGCAUGCUGGGAGAUUGUAUGCUGCACUACGGCCAGGAGCUCGGAGUCGCUUCUGAAUUCGGCGGCGCUCUGGCUGGUGUCGGUGAAGCUCUGCAGCAGGUCGCUCAGGCCAGAGACUCUCUGGACGUCAGCGUCAAACGUACCUUCAUCGACCCGAUGCAGGAGCUGCACAACUCUGAACUGAAGGACAUCAGGUACCAGCUGAAGAAGGUAAACGGCCGUCGGCUGGAUUUCGACUACAAGCGGCGGCGAAGAGGGAAAGUUCCCACAGAAGAGCUCCGGCAGGCCUGGGACAAGUUCAUCACCUCCAAAGAGCUGGCGGAGAGGAGCAUGUUCACCCUGCUGCAGAACGACAUGGAUCAGCUCGGUCGUCUGGCCACUCUGGUCGCCGCGCUGCUCGACUUCCACCGCAGCGCUCACCGCAUCCUGCAGGGUCUCCAUGGCAACAUGCAGGCCAGGCUGACGGCUGCCAGCAACAAACCGGAGCGACGGUUCCGACCCAAGAAGAUCCGAGUCAGAAGCGACCACAGCAACAGCAUUGGAUUUUACCACCAGCCGUCUGCUGUUUCCUCAGGAGAGCAGUUCACAGUGUUACCGUCCAGACCCGGCAGCCCCAUCUCCUGUUACGCCGACAGCAAGCUGGUCCUGGAUCAGCCUUGUUGCCGAGCGCUGUACUCCUUCCUGCCAAACCACGAGGGCGAGCUGGGCUUCAGCGAGGGCGACGUGAUCGUGCUCACCGGCCGGGCCGACGCCAACUGGUACGAGGGCACGCUGGGCGGCCGCUCGGGCCUCUUCCCCGUCAGCUACGUGGACGUGCUGGUGCCUCUGCCGUUACCGUGA